AUGUUUCACACCUUCAUCCGCCAGGCCAAAGCUUCUUACCGGCCUAUGCCCAACAACAUGGCUCCACGGCCCAGCGUGUUCUGCAAAGGCAAUGUAGUCUCUGAGACGGAGAUGGACUACGUCCACGUGGCUCCAGGAGGCUCUAACUACACAAACCCUCUUCCGGCAUUGGGCACCAUGAACUCCACCACUGGCCUCGCCACAGAGCAUAUCCCCACCCCUGGCGCUGCCCUCUCCUGGCAAGCCGCCAUCGAUGCCGCCCGGCAGGCCAAGUUAAUGGGCAGCGCCGCCAACGCCACCAUAUCCACCGUAAGUUCCACGCAGAGGAAGAGGCAGCAGUACAUCAAGCAAAAAAAACAGGGAGCCAGCUCGGCGACACGGCCCCCGCGGGCGCUACUCUGUCUCACCCUCAAAAACCCCAUCCGCCGCGCCUGCAUCAGCAUCGUGGAGUGGAAACCCUUCGAAAUCAUUAUUUUGCUGACUAUUUUUGCCAACUGUGUGGCCUUAGCAGUCUAUAUCCCCUUCCCCGAGGACGACUCCAACGCCACCAACUCCAACCUGGAGCGGGUGGAGUACCUCUUCCUCAUCAUCUUCACCGUGGAAGCUUUCCUCAAAGUCAUCGCAUACGGGCUUCUCUUUCACCCCAACGCAUACCUCCGGAAUGGCUGGAACUUGCUGGAUUUCAUCAUCGUGGUCGUAGGGCUUUUUAGUGCAAUUUUAGAACAAGCAACAAAGGCGGACGGCGGCAGUGCCCUCGGAGGGAAAGGGGCGGGGUUCGACGUGAAGGCACUACGAGCAUUCAGAGUGCUGAGACCCCUAAGACUGGUGUCUGGGGUACCCAGUCUUCAGGUGGUGCUAAAUUCUAUCAUUAAGGCCAUGGUGCCGCUGCUGCACAUCGCCCUGUUGGUGCUGUUCGUCAUUAUCAUCUACGCCAUUAUCGGGCUGGAGCUGUUCAUGGGCAAGAUGCAUAAAACCUGCUACUUCCUGGCUAACAAAGAUGUCCCUGCAGAGGAGGAGCCCUCGCCCUGCGCCCUCAUUAGCAAUAAUGGACGCCACUGUCCCAACGAGACCAUCUGCGAGUCCGGCUGGGAUGGGCCCAAGCAUGGGAUCACCAAUUUUGACAACUUUGCAUUCGCCAUGCUCACCGUCUUUCAAUGCAUUACCAUGGAGGGCUGGACGGACGUGCUCUACUGGAUGCAGGACGCCAUGGGAUACGAACUGCCCUGCGUGUACUUCGUCAGCCUUGUCAUCUUUGGGUCCUUUUUCGUUCUGAACCUGGUUCUUGGUGUGUUGAGCGGAGAGUUUUCCAAGGAGCGAGAGAAGGCCAAGGCUCGGGGUGACUUCCAGAAAUUAAGAGAGAAGCAACAGCUGGAAGAAGACCUGAAGGGAUAUCUAGACUGGAUCACGCAGGCCGAGGACAUCGAUCCCGAGAAUGAAGACGAGGACAUAGAUGAGGACAAGCCACGGAACAUGAGCAUGCCGACCAGUGAGACUGAGUCUGUGAACACCGACAACGUAGGCAGUGGCGAUGUGGAUGAGGAGGGCUGCGGAGUCCGGUUGGCGCACAGAAUUUCCAAGUCUAAAUUUAGCCGUUACUGGCGGCGCUGGAACCGGUUUUGUCGGCGAAAGUGCCGGGCGGCGGUGAAGUCCAACGUCUUCUAUUGGCUGGUGAUAUUUCUGGUAUUCCUGAACACGCUGACCAUCGCUUCCGAGCACUACAACCAACCCGACUGGCUGACCGAAGUACAAGACACGGUAAACAAAGUCCUCCUGGCGCUCUUCACCGCUGAGAUGCUCCUGAAGAUGUACAGUCUGGGGCUCCAGGCGUACUUCGUCUCCCUCUUCAACCGUUUCGACUGUUUCAUCGUCUGUGGGGGGAUCCUGGAAACCAUAUUGGUAGAGACCAAAAUCAUGUCCCCUUUGGGCAUCUCCGUCCUGCGCUGCGUGCGUCUCCUCAGGAUAUUCAAGAUCACCAGGUACUGGAAUUCCCUCAGUAAUUUGGUGGCCUCUCUGCUGAAUUCCGUGCGCUCCAUCGCCUCCCUGCUGCUCCUCCUCUUUCUCUUCAUCAUCAUCUUCUCUCUGUUGGGGAUGCAGCUCUUCGGGGGAAAGUUCAACUUCGACGAGAUGCAGACCCGCCGCAGCACCUUCGACAACUUUCCGCAGGCCCUGCUUACUGUCUUCCAGAUCCUCACCGGAGAGGACUGGAAUUCAGUGAUGUACGACGGGAUCAUGGCGUAUGGCGGACCCUCAUUUCCCGGGAUGCUUGUCUGCAUCUACUUCAUCAUCCUCUUCAUCUGUGGAAACUAUAUCCUGCUAAAUGUUUUCUUGGCCAUUGCUGUGGACAAUUUGGCAGAUGCAGAAAGUUUGACCUCUGCUCAGAAGGAAGAGGAGGAAGAGAAGGAGAGGAAGAAACUGGCCCGAACGGCGAGCCCGGAGAAGAAACAAGAGAACGAGACGAUUGGAAAAUCUCCGGUGCCGGCGGUGGAGGAAAACAAAGAGAAGAUCGAAUUGAAGGCCAUCACCGCAGAUGGCGAGUCACCUCCUACUACCAAGAUUAAUGUGGAAGAUUAUCCCUCCAACGAAAACGAUGAGAAGUCUCCAUAUCCCAGCAGCAAUGAAAACCCAGGGGAGGAGGAAGAGGAGGAGCCUGAGAUGCCUGUUGGUCCUCGACCCCGCCCACUUUCUGAACUGCACAUGAAGGAGAAGGCUGUUCCCAUGCCCGAAGCCACCGCUUUCUUUGUCUUCCGUCCAGACAACAAGUUCCGCCUCCACUGUCACCGUAUUGUCAACAACAACAUCUUCACCAACCUGAUCCUCUUCUUCAUCCUCCUGAGCAGCAUCUCGCUGGCAGCCGAAGACCCCGUGAGAAACUACUCCUUCAGGAACCAAGUCCUCUAUUAUUUUGACAUAGUCUUUACCGCCAUUUUCACCAUAGAGAUAGCCCUGAAGAUGACGGCCUAUGGCGCAUUCUUGCACAAGGGCUCCUUCUGCAGGAAUUACUUCAACAUCCUGGACCUGCUGGUGGUCAGCGUGUCGCUCAUCUCCUUUGGCAUACAGUCCAGCGCCAUCAACGUGGUGAAGAUUUUGAGGGUCCUCAGAGUUCUGCGGCCACUCAGAGCCAUCAACAGAGCCAAAGGUCUCAAGCAUGUGGUCCAGUGCGUCUUCGUCGCCAUUCGCACCAUCGGAAACAUUGUCAUUGUCACCACUCUGCUCCAGUUUAUGUUCGCCUGCAUCGGAGUACAGCUGUUCAAGGGCAAGUUGUACAGCUGCACAGACAGCUCAAAGAUUACAGAAGCCGAGUGCAGGGGGAAGUUCAUCUCCUACAAAGACGGGGAUGUGUCGCAGCCGAUGGUUCAGGAGCGGCGAUGGGAAAACAGCAAGUUCGACUUCGAUAACGUCCUGGCGGCAAUGAUGGCGCUCUUCACCGUCUCCACCUUUGAAGGCUGGCCGGAACUGCUGUACAGAGCCAUCGACUCCCACACAGAGGACAUUGGACCCAUCUACAACCACCGCGUGGAGAUCUCCAUCUUCUUCAUCAUCUACAUCAUCAUCAUCGCCUUCUUCAUGAUGAACAUCUUCGUCGGUUUCGUCAUCGUGACCUUCCAGGAGCAAGGAGAGCAGGAGUACAAGAACUGUGAGCUGGACAAGAACCAGCGACAAUGUGUGGAGUACGCCUUGAAGGCCCGCCCCCUGCGCAGGUACAUCCCUAAGAACCAGUACCAAUACAAGGUGUGGUACGUUGUCAACUCGACCUAUUUUGAGUACCUCAUGUUCGUUCUGAUCCUUCUCAACACCAUCUGUCUGGCAAUGCAGCAUUAUGGGCAGAGCUGCUCCUUCAAGGAAGCCAUGAACAUCCUCAAUAUGCUGUUUACAGGCUUGUUCACGGUGGAGAUGAUCCUGAAACUCAUUGCUUUUAAACCAAAGGGUUAUUUUAGUGACCCCUGGAAUGUCUUUGACUUUCUCAUCGUCAUUGGCAGCGUAGUUGACGUCAUACUCAGCGAGACCAGUCACUAUUUCUGUGAUGCAUGGAACACAUUUGAUGCACUUAUAGUAGUGGGUAGCAUUGUUGAUAUAGCAAUCACCGAAAUAAACACAGGUGAACACUCUCAAUGCCACAAUAUGCAGGGUGAGGAGAACUCCAGAAUCUCCAUCACAUUCUUCAGGCUCUUUCGAGUCAUGCGUCUGGUGAAGCUUCUCAGCCGAGGAGAGGGAAUCCGCACCCUGCUCUGGACCUUCAUCAAGUCUUUCCAGGCUCUCCCCUAUGUGGCUCUUCUCAUUGUAAUGCUGUUUUUCAUCUAUGCUGUGAUUGGAAUGCAAGUUUUUGGGAAAAUUGCUCUAAACGACACAACGGAUAUUAACAGAAACAAUAAUUUUCAGACCUUCCCUCAAGCUGUUCUGCUGCUCUUCAGAUGUGCUACCGGAGAAGCAUGGCAGGAAAUCAUGUUGGCUUGUCUCCCCAACAAGAUGUGUGAGCCGGAUUCUGAAGAUCCCCCCAUCAUGGAGGACUUCUCCUGUGGCAGCAGCUUCGCUGUCUUUUACUUUAUCAGCUUCUACAUGCUCUGCGCUUUCUUGAUCAUCAAUUUGUUUGUCGCGGUCAUUAUGGAUAAUUUUGACUAUCUGACGCGAGAUUGGUCCAUAUUGGGCCCUCAUCAUUUGGAUGAAUUCAAGCGAAUCUGGGCAGAGUACGAUCCAGAGGCCAAGGGGCGCAUCAAGCACCUCGAUGUAGUGACCCUUCUACGACGAAUACAGCCCCCUCUGGGUUUUGGAAAGCUGUGCCCACACCGUGUGGCGUGUAAGCGUCUGGUCGCCAUGAACAUGCCUCUGAACAGCGAUGGGACAGUCAUGUUUAACGCAACUCUCUUCGCUUUGGUUCGGACUUCUCUAUGCAUCAAAACUGAUGGUAACCUGGAACAGGCCAAUGAGGAACUCCGAGCUAUCGUUAAGAAGAUCUGGAAGAGGACCAGUAUGAAACUGUUGGACCAGGUGGUGCCGCCAGCUGGUGAUGACGAGGUCACUGUGGGGAAGUUUUACGCCACCUUCCUGAUUCAAGAAUACUUCCGCAAGUUCAAGAAGCGCAAAGAGCAGGGGCUUGUGGGAAAACCAUCGCAGCGCACCGCUCUCUCCCUGCAGGCCGGACUGCGCACACUGCACGAUAUUGGGCCUGAGAUUCGGCGUGCUAUUUCCGGAGAUCUGACCGCGGAGGAGGAGCUGGACAAAGCCAUGAAGGAGGCGGUGUCAGCGGCGUCUGAGGACGACAUCUUCCGGAGGGCGGGAGGAUUGUUUGGGAAUCACGUAGGAUACUAUCAGAGCGAGGUGCGAAGUGCAUUCCCUCAAACCUUCACAACGCAGAGACCAUUACACAUCAACAAGACAUCUGCUAGUCCUGGGGAUAUAGACUCACCUUCUCAUGAGAAACUGGUGGACUCCACCUUCACACCCAGCAGCUACUCGUCCUCCGGAUCCAAUGCCAACAUCAACAAUGCCAACAACACGGCCCUAGUACGUCUUCCUAAUCUGCCAGCCUACCAGAGCAUGGUCAGUACUGUAGAGGGGCAGAGUCGCCCGCUGCGCACACACGGGUCCUGGAAAAUCAGCUCUAAGAGUUCAGUGUCCCGGGACAGCCGACUGCCAAUCAUCUGCCGCGAGGAGGCAUCUCAGGAUGAGACAUAUGAUGCCAGCGAAGAGGUGGAGUACAACAGCGAACCGAGCCUCCUCUGCUCAGACAUGUUCACAGAUCGAGACGAGGAAAGCCGGCAACUGACCCCGUCAGAAGGAGAAGUAGAGAGAGGGCUGUGUCCAUCUCCCAAAAGAAGCUUCCUACGUUCUGCCUCGUUAGGCAGGAGGGCCUCAUUCCAUUUGGAAUGUCUGAGGAGAUACAGGAAUCAAGGUGGGGACACGUCACCCAAAGCCGUAUUACCGCAACUUCACCUGGUGCACCAUCAGGCAUUAGCGGUGGCCGGCCUCAGUCCUCUGCUACGGAGGAGUCACUCGCCGACGGCGUUCUCCCGCCUCUGUUCUACUCCGCCCACCACGCCCUGCUCACGAGGGUGGGCACAACAGACUGUGCCAGCAGUAAGGCUACAUGCGGACCCGGGGUCCAAAGAAAACUUUCACAGCAGCUUCCCAUCUGUGCACUGCAGCGACUGCAGCCUCGAGCGGGACCGUCCCGUCUCCCUUACAGUCCCGUGCCAUGUGCGGGAGCAAACGCGGCAGCACCACGGCAGUGCCAGCAGUUUAGUAGAAGCGGUGCUGAUCUCGGAAGGAUUGACACAGUUUGCUCAGGACCCUCACUUCCUACAGGUGGCUACGCACGAGCUGGCGGACGCCUGCGACAUGACGAUAGAGGAGAUGGAGUCGGCCGCUGACAGCUUCUUGAAUAGCAAUCCCAGCCCGAACAGGAAGCUUUCCCCUUUCCCCAAACGCAGGGACCAGGUUGUGGAAUGCGCAGGGGGCGGGUCAGAAGAGCCAGAACUCUCUCCGGGCUGCCGGAACAGCAAGGGCGAGCCAGAGGACUGCCGGGUAUACAUGAGCAGCCCAUAGCAGACGCUCCUCGCAGGGACACGAGCCGCAGACAUGGCGAUACGACCGAGGGUGGAUGUUUUGGAGGAGUUUUGCGCUCCUUUUCUCUUAUUUUUCUCUCUUUUUUUUUUUUUUUUUUUUUCAGUGUUCCUAAUGAGUUUGUUUCAGAAGUGCCUCACUGUUCUCGUGACCCGGAGUGACCAGAACAGAGUUUUUUCAUCUAUUUUAGUUGGGGCGGGAGGGGGGAGACAUCCGGAGCUGACGGUCACUGCAGUUUUGGGGGUGGCAGACCCACUGGAAUCCUUUGGGGGUCUUACGGACAACCUUGGAAAAAAAAAGAAAAAAUCUCAAAAUCAAGACGCGUACACCUGAGGACGGAUGUGUGGGGGACGCCUUAAUUACUCCACAAAGCUGUUUUAUUGUACCUGGCGCUGACUGUCCUUCACCUCUAGUUCACUGACCAUCCUCGACCCAGAUGAAAGAGGACCUGUCACAAAUCAAAUAUCUUAUUUGCCUGUUCAGUUUA